AUGAGGUUACUUAUAUUAAUCAGUGGAUUGAUAACCAUCAAUAAUGCUUCAAGAGAGUAUGAGCCCUUAGUAAGAAACUAUCAUGGAGAAGUUGGUAUCCCGGAAGCAGCGCGUAUCAGGGCAGCAGAAGCGGCCAUGAGCCCCAAUAAUGAAGCAGUGAAAUACCCAUACGUGGCAGGUUUAAUCAUCAAGUUAACGAGUGGUGAGGAGUCCGUGUGCAGUGCCUCUCUUCUAUCUAAUACUAUAUUAGUGACAGCUGCUCGAUGCUGGCGCACCAACUAUCACCAAGGAGACACGAUGACAGUUGUCCUUGGAUCCAAUUUCCUUUUUUCUGGUGGGGUUCGGGUCAACACCAAUAAUGUAGUAAUACAUCAACGCUACAAUAUGGACAAGCUAACACAAGACGCCGCGGCGGUCACCAUAAAUCAUGUUGAUUUUACUGACAAUAUAAAUGCAAUACCGUUGGACUCAAGAAUAAACCCUGAUUUCUAUGGAACGACAGCAACUAUAGUCGGCUUUGGUACAAUUGGAGCUGAUAAGGAUCGAAAGUUUUCAAUGAGGGAUAUUAAGGUCGAAAUAAUACAUCAAAACCAAUGCUACUCUGUAUUUGGUUACAUGAAAAUAGUGGCUUCAGCGAAUUGCGCAAAAAAUGUCGUUGGUAACAUUUCCUGUACUGGUGACACUGGAGGUCCUCUUAUCAUUGAUAAUAUGUUGGGCGGCAUCGCAUCUUUCACCGGACCUCAAGGUUGCGAACGUAAUAUACCCGUUGCCUAUUACUUAAUAGUUUACGCUGAUUAUUGGAUUCGUCAAUUCUUGUAG